AUAUCGAUUCUGAGGUAUAUAAAUAUAAAAACCAUCACUACAUUUAAGCUCUUUGUGUUACGCUGUUUGAGAGUAUUAAACUUUGAGUUUGUGUAUUUAUAAUUUAUGGCUUCUGUGGAAACUGAAGAAAAGACAGCACUUCAGUCUGAAAAGCAGCAGAUGUACGGCUGUACAGAUGAACUAGAAGACAGGAUCAGAUUCAGGCAUCGUCUCAUGGAGCAAAGACAAACUGAGGAGUCCAACAAAAAGGUCACAGGGAAUUCGCAGUGGAAGACGUUCCUAAUUUGGCAUAUUGGUGAAGAAUGGAUCAUCCUCAUCCUGUUAGGAGUUAUCACAGGCUUUUUCAGCUGGGCCAUGGACUACGGCAUCGACUUCGGCCUGCACUCUACAAGGAAGCUGUAUGAGAUGGCACACUUUAACGUAUUCCUGCAGUAUCUGGCCUGGAUUUUUAUCCCCAUACUGCUGAUCUGCUUCGCUGCAGUAUUUACUUUCUUAGUAGGACCACAAGCCGCAGGAUCCGGGAUCCCAGAGAUGAAGACAAUUGUAAAAGGAGUGAUGGUUAAAGAUCACCUGAGCCUCAACACACUGCUGGCCAAACUGGUGGGUCUGACCUGUGCCCUGGGCAGCGGCAUGCCUCUAGGAAAAGAGAGUCCUUUUGUGCAUAUAGGAAGCAUCUGUGCAGCACAGCUCCACCGGUUAAGGGCAUACGUUGGAGGCAUUAAAGCGAGCGAGUCUGAUGGCAUCGAGCUGCUGAUUAGUGGAGCUGGUGUUGGAAUUGCCUCCUGCUUUGGCUCACCUAUCGGAGGUAUCCUGUACAGUAUAGAAGUGGCUACGUCAUUCUUCAUGGUCCGGUGUUACUGGAAAUGUUAUGUUGCUGCUGCCAUUAGUGCCUUCAUCUUCAGAAUCCUGCCUGUGUGGAUUGGAAGAAAUGAAUAUGUUAUUCCUCUGUUUAACACUGAUUUCCGUCUGGAAUUUCCUUAUGAACUCCAAGAGUUUCUGUCCUUCACCGUCCUUGGGAUUCUGAGUGGGCUUUUUGGAGCAUUUUUUGUCUUCAUAAACGGCAUAAUGGUGCGUUUCAUCAGGAGCCCUCACCGCAUUAGCAGGUUCCUCGCCAAGACCCGUGUGCUGUAUCCUGUUAUUGUCACACUGGUCAUCUCCACAUUGACCUUUCCUCCUGGAUUUGGACAGUUCAUGGCAGGCGAGCUCACUCAGAGGGAAACUCUACUUGCACUUUUUGACAACCACACCUGGUCCAAACAUUUUGAAGGCGACCAUUUUGAUCACUCGGAUCAUUCCGUGGCAUGGAAGCAUCCACGAGUCAACGUCUUCGGCACUCUCACCAUCUCCUUCAUUACGAAGUUCUUCAUGUCAGCAGUGGCCAUCUCCAUGCCUGUCCCCUGUGGAGCUUUUGUACCUGCCUUUGUCAUUGGUGCAGGUCUCGGCCGAUUAGUUGGUGAAGUGGCGGCUGUUGUUUUACCUGAAGGAGUUCAUGCAAAUGGCACGGUUUACUCUGUAAUACCUGGAAGCUACGCUGUGGCAGGAGCAGCAGCAAUGUCUGGUGCAGCCACUCAUACCAUCUCCACAGCCAUGAUUGUGUUCGAGUUGACCGGCCAGAUCAACUUCCUUUUCCCAAUAAUAUUUUGUGUUAUAGUGGCUAAUAUUGUAGCCCAAAGUCUGCAGCCGUCACUGUAUGAUUCGCUCAUACACAUCCGGAAACUUCCGUAUCCUGUGGAGAUCAGCUGGGACCACAAGGAAGAGUCUAACAUUCGUGUGGAGGACAUCAUGGUGAAUGACGUGAAAUACAUCACACUUGCCUCCACUUACAGAGAUGUGCAGGACCUCCUGCUCACGAAAAUAAGGACCCUCCCCUUAGUAAAGUGUGAAGAGUCAAAGAUAUUGCUGGGUUCUAUUGAGCGUGCCCAGCUACAGGCACUGCUGUCCAAUCAGCUCAGUCGAAUGCGGAGACUCAAAUACCUCCACCGGCAAGGGCAGAACGAGAACGAUGCCCACGAGACUAAAGCCGGAACAUCCAAGUCGUUUUCUUCUAAACCACUGAUAAUAGAGAGAGGUUACCAAGGUUCAGAUAUUACCAUUAAGAGCCUCUUGUGUGGCCAUUCUAGUGUGGACAUAGAGGAGGAAAAUACAGAAAUAGAAGAUACAAUGACGAUGAGAGAGAUCAUCAAGUGGGAAGAAGAGCAGCUUGAUGAAAAGGUUGACUUAAACCUCUGUAAGAUUGACCCUGCCUCUGUGCAGAUAUUAGAACGGACCUCGCUACAGAAGGUCCACAACAUCUUCUUAGCGAUGGGUUUGGACCAAGCAUACGUCACCAAUGUCGGGAGACUCGUAGGAGUUGUGUCACAUACAGAGCUACGGAAGGGCUUUGAGACUUCAGUGAAGGUGUCAGGAGCCAAAGCACACGCACCCAUGGCCAGCUUCAGAGAGAACAGCGCUAGGUUCAGGAAGACGGCAACACCAGAGGCCAAGGAGCUCCGCAAACUUCUGGGCAGCCAAGACAAUCUGAACCAGACCAGUUAA